CCGACACGCACACAGACACACACACGCCUCCCUCCAACACCAGCACGGAAAGCAGAACCUGCAGCAGCAGCGCAGCCAGCUCUCCUCCACACCAUCAGCACGAUUGAGCCCUCUCCACAAUCUGCACAACCACCACCACUGGAGGAUGCCAUGCGCCAGUUGACACAGGAUCGCCCCUCUGGCGUGCGGGCGACACUGCACCAACAACAACCACAAACACCACAAACACCACAACAACACCAACAACUACAACAGCAGCACCGACCACAAACACCACAACAACCACAACAACAACAACAACAACAACAACAACAACAACAACAGCAGCAGCACCACCACCACCAACAGCAAUACCAUCAGCAGCUCGACAACGCCCCUGCCAUCACACAGCCGCCGAUGCGUAGCUUGCCGCCAAAUGCAGUAGCCGCUGCCAUGAUGGGCACGCACCACGUGCCCAACCACCCAGCGGGGAGGACACCGUCAUCGACACUGCAAUCACACACACCCGUCAUCAACCAAGCACUCGCAACAACAAGCACAACAACAACGAUCACAGGGCCACCACCCCCGCCAUCAUCAACGUCAGCGUCACCAUCGUCCUCAUCAUCCGUGCCGUUGCGUCGGCCGUUUGACCUGCAGUCCCUGGCGUCUGGUUCCGUAUCCGGCAACAGCCACCGUGGCAACCCACGGCCCUCCUCGUCCGAUGAUGAGGGGCAUGACAGAGCGCACUCCCGCACAUCCUCCAGAACGUCGCUGGGCACGGAUGAGAGUGAUGCCGACAGCGCCGGGGAAGAGUCUCAGCGCACCACCCCUGCCUCAUCCCGUGCCACAUCCCCACAGCCAGCACAGCAACAACAGCAGCGUGUACACAGCGUAGGGGACUUGUCCACAUUAAGGGCAAUGACACAGGCGCAGCGUGCCCACAGUGCCGCCAACCUGCCUGCAGUAGGCGUGCCACCUCACCCUGCCCAUGCUCGCCCAAACGCCGCCAACACCAACACCAACACCAGCACCAACCCUGAUGCCCGCAACGCCGACGGUAGCUCGAGCACCAACAACGACAACACGACCAACGUGCACCUGCUGUGGGCAGCAACGGGGCAGCGAUACCCUGUUGGGGUUGUACCUGCGCCCGUUGACCCGCAGCUUGAGCAAGGCCGCGAGCGCGCAGCAAGCCAGCCCCACCUGCGCAUUGCACAACACCCGCACCCACCGCCCUCCUCCACACCGCCGUCGUCAUCAGCAGCCUCCCAGCAGCAGCCGCCGCCAGGCAUCCCGCCUGAAAUGGUGCAGCGCUUCAACCAGUCCCCUUCUUCCCAACGCCACCUGCAAAGCAACCCCCAAACGCACGGCAUUCACCGUCAAACGCACGCCACAGCGCAGCAGCACCAACAGCAACAUCAACAACGCGGUCAGCACCAGCAACAACACAUGCAGCAGCGCCAGCAACACCAGCAUCUUUCGCGCAGGCCCACCAAUGCCAACGCAGCUGCCAGCAGCACGGGUGUUCAGGGGCUGGUGCCAGCCGUCUAUUUCGGCUGGUUCGCGCGCCAAGAUGACCGAGGCAACACGCACACGCGCCGCUUUCGCCUCUAUAUCAACAACGCCAACAGGGACAUGCUCAGCGGAUACGCUGUGGACGACAUGCUGGGGCUGUAUGCGGUGAGCGCGUUUGCUGGCGCAUCCCCGCUGACGUACGACCUCGUCUUCUUUCGCUUCGGUUCGUCGCGCACCAUCGAGAUGACGCUGCGCGCAACCACCACGCGUGAGCUGCAAGGCGCCACCACCGUCUCCUCCCACGGCCAGCAGGCCGUCAAGCUCAUUCGCGAGGUGGCAUGCCGCCCCCUGGGCCACAACCAACCAAAGCCGCCUGCCGUCCAAGCCUCUGCGCUGAAUCUGCUGCAGCUGGAGGCGAACGACCUGGCGGCACUUGUCGCUGCACACGGUUACAGGGAACUCUCCGUCAUCAUCAGGCAACAGGAGCUUUCGUUCCAUGCGCUGCUGUGCUGUCCUCCCCACGCCCUCACCUCCACACUUCACAUCCCACCCCUCUACACCGCCGACUGCGUCUCGGUGGUCCGCUGUCUGCUGCGCACGCUGCAGCACGCCACCGAGGAGCCCAUCCCCUCGGUGCUUGCUCGCUACAACAUCCCCUACUGGGACCGCGUCUUCUGCGCGUGUUAUGGCGUCAACAAGUUUCUUGAGCAGCCCCUCGCCAGCAUCGCCUCCUUUCUCCAACUCGAUGCCACCUCGCAGAAGGACUUGCUUGCUGCCCCAUGCGCGCGCCAGAACAUGUUCACGUCGCCUGGUGCCAUUGCCAGCAUGCGGCUCCUCACCACCAUUGACUGGAAUCGCCGUGACGACCCAUGUGUCCGCGCCAUUUGCACCAACGCCCAGCUCACCUCCUCCGGCACUCCCAAGCUCAUCCACCUCGUCUCCAUGCCCGCAGAAUCCCUCACCAGCCUCGGCCUGCAGCUGGCUGUGGAGACGCUGAUGGACUUUGGAGCGGACUAUGUCUCGUACCUCCGCCUAGGCACCGCCAACCUCAACUACGAGCCGGCGCUGCGGCUGCUGGUGGAGGGCUGCGAGUACGACCGCUUGUACGACGUGUACACGGCGCUGGCCUGGUGCCCUGCGCUUGCCCGCGACACGGCGCACAUUGACGAGCUGCUGCAGGUUGUGGACCGGCGCGAGCUGAAGCAGCUGCUGCAGGAGCACAAGCGGGCCGGCCGCGAACAGGCAAUGGCCUCCUCCUCGCUCAUGGAGCUGGAACUCGCAGCCUCCGGACACGGCCACGGCCACCACCCGCCGUCUGCUCACCACGGCCACCGCAACGAUCACCGCCAACACCGCCAUCAGCACAGCAGCAGCAGCGCCCGUCGCCACCGCCGCCGCCGCGAGCGACAGCAGCAGCAGCAGCAGCAGCAGCAGCAGCGUGGUUGGGGCACGCGAGCCGGCGGGGGGCGCGGUCCCAUUGGAUCGCCAACAUCACACGGCAGUGGCGAGCGGGACGAUACAGGUGUUGACAGCCCGAGGCCGCACAGUACAGACAACAGCACUUACCACCCCGACCAAGUCAUGCACGUGCAUGCGGCGGAAGGGCGGCGUGCGUGGAGCGGCGUGAGCAGCGGCUAUCGUGGCGACGUGAUGGUUGCGCGUGCAUUCAAGGGCCACCACCACCGCCACCACCCAUACGCGGAUGACAAUCCUGAUGAUGAUGGUGAUGACAGCCAGGAUGGUCGCGGUGGCGGCAUGCGUCGCAACCCGGUCUCUUCCGGCACCCUCUCUGUCAACAGCCUGCCUGAUGCUCUGCACCUCGCGCCAACGGACUCGCGGCGACGCUUUGCCAAAUACAUUAAGCGGUUUGCCAUGGGCCUGGCGUUUGUCACGUUGGUGCUGUGGGGCCUUACCAUCGCUCAGAUGUCGAGCGUGCCGUCCCACCGCCGCUUGGCGCACGGAUCUGUGACCUCCAUCUACAGCGCCCCGACCCUGAGCCUGGGCUCGCUCGUCUGUCUGUUUUUCCUCGUCACGGCGUUCCGGCACUGGGACCGCUUUGUUUGGCACCGCGGCAUUUUGCAGUUUCUGUGGGACACGUUCCGCUUUGUGGUGGUGCUGCUGGCGUUUAUCAACGGCGUGUAUGUGAGCUACCACACGGCAGAGCACCUUGAAGAAGACCACUACCCCAUGGACGUGGUGCACAUUGCCCUGUACAACUUCCGCACGCUCGUGCUGUGCGGGCUUGCCCUGGUCAACCACCUGGCUCUCAACUCCAAGACGCGCAUGAUCAGCCUGCAGCGCACACGUGUGCUGACACCGCGCCUGCUUCACCCGUUCCCGUCACACCCGUACAACACGCGCCAUGCGCAGUACGCGGCCACAGAGCGCACGGGGCUGCUUGCUUCGCCUACGCAGCCAACCACAACCGCAACCGCAACAACAGCAGCAGCAGCAGCAGCAGCGCGGGGCCGAGGGAGGCGUGACGGCAGCACAAGCAGCGCCGGCAGCGGCAACGAGCACGAUGACUGCGCGCGUGCAGGUGGCGCCGGUGGUGUGGAUAGCAUGCCCUCGUCCACCGUCGACGCCGUCGCCGUUUCGCUCGAGGAGGGCCUGCAACAUGAACCACAGCAACGUGAGCACGCUGGUACCGUUGGCGGUGUUGCACGCUCGCAGUCGAGCGGCUCCUCCGGGCGCGGGUGGAUUGCGCCCUGGGCCGGGGCGCACCUUUCCUCGUGGCUGGUUCUGUUUACGCUCGGCAGUGAGAUGGAGUACACGUACUUUGUCAUGGCUGAGGGCGACCUGGGCGGCCGGCAGGAGUGGAUCUACCUUGGCGGCUACUGGCUCAUUGACGUGUUUUUCCUGUACGUGUUCCUGCGAGGCGCGCUGGCCUGGGACGACUGGGGCCUCUCCGAGCUGCUGAGGCGGGUCGGGUGCUGUGGCCCGAGCAGCCGCAGUGCUGCAGCCGCCAGCAAGGAUGCAGCCAAGGCGUCACGAAGUGAUCCUGCACGCUCUCGUCGGCGGAAUGCCCCACCGCAGGCGCGCUACGGUGCCGUGCAGGACGCACCGCAGCCAGCGUGAUGCGCGCAGCCAUCUUUGGGGUGUGGGGGGGGGGGUGUGGGGGACGCGG